AUGAAUGUGCGCCUUUUCAAUCCCACGAUAGAUGACGAUACAGAUGCACACAAUGACGAAACCGAGUCUCGACAAGUGCAAGGCAGCGAUGCUCACUCCAAGGAGAGCAUCUUUGCUUUCACAAAAGCAUCGCACCUGCCAGUCUUCGCUGCUGGAUUACUCCUGUCGGCAGCGGCAGGCCUUUUGCAGCCAGCUAUGGCCAUCUUCUUCGGCAAGUUCUUCAAUGCCUUCUCAAGCUAUGCGUCUGGAGACAUUGAUGAAUCAACUUUCGUUGACAGAACAUCAAGAAGCAUCUAUGCCUUGUUAGGCAUAGGAACCUCCACGUUACUGCUCAAGGGUGGCGUCUUCAUAAUCUGGCUUACCUUCGGCGAAAUGCAAGCACAUUGUAUCCGCAAGGUGCUUUUCGAGUCAUUGUUGAGUCGGGACAUUGAAUGGUUCGACGCACAAACCACGGGUAUGGCAGCAUUGCUUGCUACGAUGCACACGUAG